UCCAAAUCCCAUCGAAACUGAAAUCGCCUGGAAGAAUGUCGGAAUUCAUUUCGACUGCUCAGAACAAUAGUGGUCUGCAAGUGCAAUUGCACCCUUUGGUUCUCCUAACCGUUUCCGAUCUUUACACUCGCUGCCGUGUGCAACAAUCCACCACAAACGCUCCCCUACCUCACCUUGUUGGUGUCCUUCUCGGCACUCAAUCCGGCCGGACACUCUCGCUUGACAUCGCCUUCCAGCUAACCCUCACACCCGACGAAACUCUGGAUGUGCCUUUCCUUGUUACUAAAGCGGAUCAGUACAAGCAGGUAUUCCCGCAGUACGACAUUCUGGGUUGGUUUACACUCGCAGCCGAGCCUGGUGAAUGGGAACUAGGAUUCCAGACCCAGUUUGCUCAAGCGACGGAGAACGACUCUCCUAUCCUUCUCACUCUGGACCCCUCCACCUUCUCCCUUUCGUCUUCGACAUCUGGCACAUCCAAUCUGCCUAUCGCUAUCUACGAGUCAAUUAUCGAGCCACCGUCCAUGGUUACCCGCUUCAUUUCUGCACCCUCAUAUUCAAUCGUCUCGGGUGAAGCUGAACGCAUCGCCGUUGAUCACGCUUCGCAUCCUUCGACUACAGCAGGCGGUGAUGAGGCUGGUCUUGUGCAGUACCUAAAGACAUACGCCUCCGCCACCUCAUUACUUCAGCAACGCAUCCGCUUGCUGAAGUCAUAUCUUGAGGAUGUGAAGGCAGGAAAGGUUCAGCCCCAUGCUGGCGUACUGCGUGAGAUGAACGCGUUGUGUGCCCAACUUCCAAUGAACUCUUCCGACGGAAACACGCCGUUCAGGAAUGAGUUUAGAAAGGAAACUGCGGACGUUCAACUGACGAAUCUUCUCGGUGAGCUUACGCGUGGUGCUGGCUCCGUUCACGAGCUUGUGUCGAAACAUUCGCUUGCUUCAGCCGGUGCUCAUCCGAGGGGUGAGGCUGCCAGCCAUGGUAAGAAGGAGAAAGGACAAGGUGGACAAGGCGGCGGCCACCGCGGUGGCAGGGGUGGGAGGAGAUUAGGAGGUAGAAGGAGUAAUGAAGACUUUGGCGGCUUCUGAUACUGUGGAAGGAUAUGUACGAUGAACACGGACACAGAUGAGUGCAUGGCCUGUCGAGUUUGAUUGCGAAGGCCGAGAAUACCAAUAUACCCCUACUUGCUCGCUACAUUCUCCUUUAACCCAUCUCUCGCCGUCAGCAGCCUUCUUAAUCCUUCAGUGUCCCAUGGCAUAGCCGCGAACGUAUCCUUUUCGCUCUCCACCCACGCAUACAUAGCCUCGAUGCUAGCAACAACAUGACCAAGGUCCUCGUUUUCGACGUCGAAGAGCUCCCACCAGCCUGGUGGCAAUUUGACCUUCUCUCCGCCCUUUCCUCCAGCCCCCCCUCGACAAACCAACCAUAUUGAUCCACAUGCUAAUGCUGCUGGAUCGUGGAUACACGGCAAUAUACCCCGGUUCACAUCACUCAAAGUGUUCCAUAUCCUCUGAAAGACGCUUUUUGGCAAGUUUAAUACCCGUGCGUAGCUC